UCCGGUGUGGGAGCAGACUGCCCCGGUUUUGGCUGCGCUUCUUUUGUUUUUCCAGUUUCUCCUUCGUUUCCAGGGAUGGGGGAGGCAGACAUGACGCUGAGCCAGACCGACGAGAAGCCGCCGGACUCGGCCCUGCCCUCCGUGGAGGACCCGGUGGUCUGGAGCCACGAGGUGGAGGUGUGUUUGUUCCACGCGAUGAUCGGACACAAGCCCGUAGGGGUGAACCGGCACUUCCACAUGAUCUGCAUCAGAGACAAGUUCAGUCAGAACAUCGGCCGGCAGGUCUCCUCCUCCGUCAUCUGGGACCACCUGGGAACGAUGUACGACAUGCAGGCUCUGCACGAGUCGGAGAUCCUGCCAUUUCCUAACACGGAGAAGAGCUUCUCUCUGCCGGACGACAUCAUCCAGGAAGUUAAAGAAGGGAAGCUGGGCUCGGAGGAGGAGACCAGAGAGGAGUUCAGGAUGGAGCGGGAUCCUCCAGCGACGCAUGAAGAAGGGAGCAACUCCUCUGUGAAGAUGGCAGAGCGAACCAGCAGCAGUCGGGACAAAGAGAGGGAGCGCGAUAAGGAAAAGGGAGGGAGUGACGGAGGCGCCGCAGCAGGAGCAGCAGCAGGAGGAACAGGAGGAGGCGGAGGCGGGGCGAAGGAGGCAGAGAAGAGGAAGAGGAGUCGAGCGGCGGAGAAGCUGCUGUCAUCCACCAAUCCAGCAAGUCCGGGAGGAGCAAAGAGGAGGCGCACCUGAGAGGCAGAGGGAGGCGGGCCAACGGCCGCCAGGUCACAUGAUCACCGCCUUGUGUUCCUGUCACUCUGCAGCCUUACAGCAGUCGGCCAUCAUGUGAUCACUGCAGAAGGAGGCGUUCUCCUACUGGUCACAGUGUGACGACUCAUUUAUACAUUUUGAUUUGUUCAACAGUCUGAUUGGUUUUGGGGAUUAAAGCCCUGAGUUUGGUCUCUCAGGCGGCCUACGGCGUCUCCUGCUGAAGAAUCCUGGGAACUUGAGAGCAUCGUUUUUCGGCCUCUUCUGACCUCUGACUGCCUGUUGAGACUGAUAAGGAGCUCAGAAAACUGGAGAACACUGUGCUUCCUUCGGUUCUGUUGUAGUUUUGUGUUACAAAAACCGGUUUCAGACAUUUGACUUCCAGAUCAGAUACUUAUUCUCACGGAUGGAGCUCCUCAGUAACACAGGACCUUCGUCUCAGUUCAGGUGUUGGUCCAAAUGAUUCAUCCAGACCUGAAUCUUUUAUUUAUAAGUUGUCAUUCCCAGCGAGUAAGUUUACUACAACUCCCAGCAUGCAUGUCAGCAGCAAACAAGUCAUGAAGGUGCAUCAGAUAAAAGUGGAGUUGGUGGAGCAGUCUGCAUGGGUCCGCUUUACCAUCUGGAAACAAGCAGAGCCGAGCUGAUCUAACAGAGACUGGUAAAGUCACGCAGCUUCCUUCUUGGCUGCUGAUUCGUCCACGUCGUCGUUUCAGAGAAGGUCUUCAGACCUUCGACCCGCUUCUCUGAAAAAACUGGAAAUAUUCAACUUUUUACUUUGAUUGUAAAUUAUCUUAAUGAAUAAUUGUUGUCUCUGUGAGUGUUAAAUAAUUAACUGCUGUUUGAAAGUGUGUUUUUAGUUUUUUUUUUUUAAUUCUUCGUCCAGCAAACGGAACUGGAUUUUGCAGCAUCUCAUCGCAGAUGUCUUGCAGCGCUCACAGGUCAUGUGACGCCACUCAGUGGCCACAGAUGAGCUGCUGAUCGUCCAACCGUGAGCAGUAACCGUGACGAUCAGCUGAUCACAGCUGGGCCUCCUUAGAUCCUCGUGUGUCGGACCUGCGGAGGCGAAACCUGAUGGACAACGUAGACCUGAAUCUUUCAGAAGAUUUGGGCUACACGCAGAGCCGGUAGCUGGAGCUGAAACGCCUGCAGCAGACUUCCUGCUGACACGUGCAGCGUCACGCCGAGACCCGGCUCACAUGCCGGUCCGAGCUGCAGCUGGAUGGUGGAUCAGCCUCCAGAGGUGCUGGUGGUCAUGUGACCUGCUGCAGUUUGGUUCAAAGCUUGUUUAUUUAGGUCUUAAUGAGUUAAGCUGACGUCUGUCCAACGUUAAAUAAAACCUCACAUUUG